UCACCUCCCCCUCGCAUCAUCUCCACAACAUGGGAAGGAUACAUCCUGCAUCCCUCUCCGCAGGCUGUCCCCUCCUUCAGUCUAUCAUGAAUGCUGCUGCCAGGAUCGUCCACCUUACUAAUCGCUCAGUGUCCUCCACCCCUCUCUGCCAAUCCCUCCACUGGCCUCCACUCAGUGCCCUCCACCCCUCUCUGCCAAUCCCUCCACUGGCCUCCACUCAGUGCCCUCCACCCCUCUCUGCCAAUCCCUCCACUGGCCUCCACUCAGUGCCCUCCCACCCCUCUCUGCCAAUCCCUCCACUGGCCUCCACUCAGUGCCCUCCACCCCUCUCUGCCAAUCCCUCCACUGCCUCCACACUCAGUGUCCUCCCCCCCCCUCUCUGCCAAUCCCUCCACUGGCCUCCACUCAGUGCCCUCCACCCCCUCUCUGCCAAUCCCUCCACUGGCCUCCACUCAGUGUGCCCUCCACCCCUCUCUGCCAAUCCCUCCACUGGCCUCCACUCAGUGUCCUCCACACCCUCUCUGCCAAUCCCUCCACUGGCCUCCACUCAGUGUCCUCCACUCCUCUCUGCCAAUCCCUCCACUGGCCUCCACUCAAUGUCUGCCCCCCCCCCCUCUCUCUGCCAAGCCCUCCACUGGCCUCCACUCAGUGUCCUCCACCCCUCUCUGCCAAUCCCUCCACUGACCUCCAUUCAGUGUCCUCCACCCCUCUCUGCCAAUCCCUCCACUGGCCUCCACUCAAUGUCUGCCCCCCCCCCUCUCUCUGCCAAGCCCUCCACUGGCCUCCACUCAGUGUCCUCCACCCCUCUCUGCCAAUCCCUCCACUGACCUCCAUU